AUGCCAGGAGAGGCCUAGGGAGCACGAGCCAAAAGGCGGGCGCCCAGGAUUGCCUGCCUCCGCGCGCGUGAGCAAAGGAGAGAGUGAGUGGCCGGCCAGCAGGCGGACUCUGGGGUGGCGGCGCAGCGUGUGGACGGGACCGGGGCUUGGCCAGCGGCCUCAGCCGGAGGAGGCCACAAGGAGCUCCCUCCCCGCGCGGGGGAGCGCUCAGAGUUGGCUUCUCUCCUCCUCCUCCCACAUGUCUCUGCCUGUGGUGCUGCCCGGCUCCUGCUGUCCCAUGGCCCGGCUGUCGGCGGUCUCCGAGGUGGCCAGGUCCUGCUCAGCGGGAGCUGUUGCUGCCGCCGCCGCCCCAAACCCGCCUCCGCCGCCCUUGCCGCCGCCUCGCCGCCCCCACCGGGGCCGCUCCAGCUUCCGGCAACCCCGGCCUCGCCCAGCCGCUCUCUCCCCCGUGGCUUCCAGUCGGAGCGGGGCCUCGUCCAUUGUCGGGCAGGGCCCACUGCCGGCCAGACCACUGCUGUCCCUGGGGCUGCUGCAGUUGAUUUUGGGGUGCUGCAUGGUGGCCCUAAGCUUUGGGGCGCUCUCCCUCAGCAAUUCCCCGCAGGUGAAGAACUCCUGUCCCUUCUGGGCUGGCUCCUCGGUCAUUUUAUCAGGGAUUAUAGGAUUAACAAUAUGGAAGAGACCCAUGAUACUUUUGGUUAACUUGUUUGUUUUGCUUUCUGUUAUUUGUGUUCUCUUGAACCUGGCGGGAUUUAUUCUUGGAUGCCAAGGUGCUCAAUUUGUGUCCAGUGUUCCUAGAUGUGAUCUGGUUGAUGUUGCUGAAAAUAAAAUGUGUUUCUGCUGUGAAGAAUUUCUGCCAGCAAAAUGCACCGAGAAAGAAAAUGCAUUACAGCUGUAUGCAAUCCAGUCAUGCAGUUCAGUUCACCUUCUACUCAAAAAAGUUCUCUUUGCUCUCUGUGCUCUGAAUGCCUUGACAACCACUGUUUGUUUAGUAGCUGCUGCCCUACGUUACCUGCAGAUAUUUGCAACAAGAAGAUCCUGCAUAGAAGAACCUCAAGUUUAUACAGAGGAAGUUGAAGAAGACGGUCAUGCUUCUGAUCCUGAUGAUUUUGUGCCACCAGCCCCACCUCCAUCAUAUUUUGAUACAUUCUAUUCUUCCACACCACGAGGGAAUCACAGGAUGCUGGGUUCUGAUGUCAUUCCAUUACCACACAUUUAUGGAGCCCGAAUUAAAGGUGUUGAGGUUUUCUGCCCUCUUGAUCCCCCACCUCCGUACGAAGCUGUGGUGAGCCAGAUGAGACAUGAGCAGGAGGAUACCGUUUCAGAUUCAGCUAUUGCAGAAGCUGUAAAUGGCCCACCUGGGCUAAAUGGUACACAGGUAUCACAAGGAGAUGAAAGUUAUCUUAAUUCUUUGAAUAGAGAGACCACCUUGCAUCCAGAUGCCAGCUUGGUACCUGUGGGCACCUUUCAGCUAUUCAGAAAACGAUCAAAAAGUGAUCCUGUUCUGCAGGGCUUUUCAUCCAGAGGUCCAGUGCUAAGUUGUGAAGCUGCCACUCAAACAGACCGAAAACCACAGCUGGCUGCUGUCAUUUUGCGAAGAAGUCUGAGAGCAAAGGCCCUGCGCUCAAGGCCUCGGUCUUUGAUAGACUACAAAUCAUAUAUAGAUACCAAGCUUCUUGUGACAAAAUUCUUGGAGCAGUCCCCCUGCAACAUGACACCUGACAUACAUGAACUAGUAGAAGACAUAAAAUCUGUUUUAAAAUCUGAUGAAGAGCACAUGGAGGAAGCCAUCACCAGUGCCAGUUUCCUUGAGCAGAUCAUGACUCCUGCUCACCCAUCUGUAGCAGAAGCACACACACUGCCUUUUAGAAGGUAUCCAGGACUUUUGCAUUUGGAGAGCUGUGGAGAUAUAAGUACUUUUACUGCAACAAGGACCCGGGUGCUGGACAAGAGAACGCAGAGGAUGGAGCCAGAACGGCCUCAUAGCCUCAUUGGAGUUGUACGAGAAACAGUGCUCUGAACACUUUUGCCUUGAGUUCCCCUGUGGGAUGCAAGGACUGGAGCAGGAAAACAAUCUGAUGGAGGAAUCCUUAAUCUGUGCUUCAUGCUUACUGUACUGCUGCUUUUGAAAGAGCAUUUGAGGAAAAUUUUGGAGUAAAUUACUUCUAAGAAAACCACGGUGCAUUAUAAAUACAGCUCUGAAUCAGAAAAGGGUACCAGGUACAGUUAGGAUAUUUGAGGAGCAGCUCUGUAUCUUGAAAUAUAGGAAAGAAAGAAGAGUAUUGUUUAUGAAAACAAUUCAUUAUAUCUACAUAAACUUUGAGUGUUUUUUGUCUCUGUGUGUGGGUUUCAUUUUAAUUUUGUUUUAUAUCUGAAAGGGAAUAUAAGGUAGAGAUACAUCUAUAUCAAACUUAAGUAUGUAUUGUCAUUCAUCCCUUCUUUUCCUUUUGAAUAAUGUUGCACUACACAUUCUUUAUCACAUUAAAUGAAAAAAAAAGUAUAAAGAAAGCUUACAAAAUGAUCUUGAGCUAUGGGGUGCACAAAGCUAUCACUUUACUCAAGGUGCUGCAUGAACAUUCAGCUCUUUUUGUAUCACUUUAAGUGCAAAAGUGCUUAGGAGUAGCAGGUCGGUCAGGUGUUCUGCUGCUCCAAGCCCAUAAACUACUUAUUAACAAUCUUGAAAAAAUGGAUUAAUAAAGUUCAGUGCAAUGAUACAAUUUUUCCAAAGUAGCCUUAUUACAAAAAUGCAGUUUUUCACCUUCCUACUUGAUGAUGCUUUGAUGAUGUGAGAAUAAGCAGUCUUGUACCAAUUUGUAGGGCUGUGUAUGCUUCAAAAAUGAUUCAAAAUGAUCCAUUCAGACUGCAAGGAAGUGGGAAAGCAGUAUAGAUGCUAUUUAUACAGC